GGAAAAAUUAGUGGGGGGUUUGCCGCCAGUGCGCUGUAAACAGGUAGCCCUGGAAGCCCCUCUCUGCCUACAAAACCCUUUCAUCGGCUUCACCGUUCGAGCCAUUCAAACUCUUUCUCUAAACAACGACUUUACUACUGUUCCCCCCUAACCGAUCCGCUUGUGCAUUGUCCAUAGUCUGGACAGUGACAUUCCUGUCAGUUAACCGGGAAUUAAUUUUAGUAUAUCUCUGUCUUUCUUCUGCUUCUUUGUAGUUGAUCGUCUCUCGUCUCGCUUACCACUCCCGAUCUAAUCGUGUCCCAAUCGCUUCUUCGACCACCAGUCUUCGAUCGAUCUUAUACGCAACAAUGGAUAGUGUUCUUCGUCAAUCCAAGGCCAUGUGCCCAUUCCUCAAGACCGCCUCGCCUGCGGCUCUUCGCGCCAUGUCCACCUCCACCCGGCCCAUGGCCUCCCCCGGUGGCGGUACCAUGUCCAAGUUGCAGGUCUUUGCCAACCGCUGCCCUGUGAUGGGCAAGGCAAUGGCUGUGCAGUCUUCCAAGAAUGCUGCCGUCUCUACUAUUCGCGCCUUCUCCGGAGACUCCAAGCAGGGUCGUGCUCGCAUUCACACGAGCCGCAACCAGGAGGCUCGUGCCGUUGAGCGCCCAUUCCUUGAUGGCCGCGAGAAUAUCCAUUUGCCUCCCGGCAUGGCCAAGGCUCCUCGCAAGGAUGGUCCUGUUGCCGCCGCCGUCAGCAGCCACUCCCCCAAGUUCGACUACGAGUCCUUCUACAACGCCGAGCUCGAUAAGAAACACAAGGACAAGUCGUACCGCUAUUUCAAUAACAUCAAUCGACUUGCCAAGGAAUUUCCACGUGCCCAUAUGGCAAAUGCGGAGGAGCGUGUUACCGUUUGGUGCGCCAAUGACUACCUCGGCAUGGGUCGCAACCCUCACGUCUUGGGCAAGAUGCACGAGAUCCUGAACGAAUACGGCGCCGGCGCUGGUGGUACUCGCAACAUUUCGGGCCACAACAAGCACGCCGUGGAAUUGGAAGGCACUCUCGCCAAACUGCACUCCAAGGAGUCGGCGCUGGUUUUUAGCUCAUGCUAUGUGGCCAACGACGCAACUCUCGCUACUCUGGGCAGCAAGCUUCCCGAUUGUGUGAUUCUGUCUGACAGCCUGAACCAUGCGUCCAUGAUUCAGGGUAUUCGUCACUCUGGAACCAAGAAGAUCGUCUUUAAGCACAACGAUGUUGCGGAUUUGGAGGCGAAAAUUGCGUCUCUUCCUCUGCAUGUGCCCAAGAUCAUUGCCUUCGAAUCCGUCUACAGCAUGUGCGGCUCCAUUGGCCCAAUUGAGGAAAUUUGCGAUUUGGCUGACAAGUACGGCGCUAUUACUUUCUUGGAUGAGGUGCACGCUGUGGGAAUGUACGGCCCCAACGGCGCUGGUGUUGCCGAACACCUGGACUGGGAGGCCCAUCAAGCUGGCGCUCCUCGUGGCACCAUCAUGGACCGUAUUGAUAUCAUUACCGGUACCCUUGGUAAGGCGUACGGCUGCGUUGGUGGUUACAUUGCUGGCAGCGCCAAGCUUGUCGACAUGAUUCGCUCACUCGCACCCGGCUUCAUCUUCACCACGUCGCUCCCACCCGCCACCAUGGCUGGAGCCAAGACCUCGAUUGAGUACCAGAUGGGCUACGACGGUGACCGCAAGCUUCAGCAGCUUCACACCCGCGCUGUGAAGGAGGAGCUUAACGCUCGCGAUAUCCCGGUCAUUCCCAACCCAUCGCACAUUAUCCCGAUCCUGGUUGGUAACGCUGAAGUCGCUAAGGCUGCGUCGGACAUGCUUCUUAAGGACUACAACAUCUACGUGCAGUCCAUCAACUACCCCACCGUCCCCGUCGGUCAGGAACGCCUCCGAAUCACGCCUACCCCCGGCCACACCAAGGAAUACCGCGACGAGCUUGUCGCCGCGGUCGACGACAUUUGGAACCGCCUCAACAUCAAGCGCACUUCUGCAUGGGCUGCAGAGGGCGGCUUUAUUGGCGUCGGCGAAGAAGGCAGCGUCGAGCAGCCGCUCUGGACUGACAAGCAGCUCGGUGUCGAACAAGCAACAAAGGAAAUGCUGGCCAACGGGCACGCCAAGCAGGGCAGCGUUACUGAAGCCUUGCUUGAGCGCAACGUGAUCGGCAUCAAGCAAUCUGCUGCUGCCACCGCUUAAAGUUGUCCCCCGUCUAGGGGUUGGCUGGCGGCUCGGCAGAUUGGCGUCCCGCGUAUGGGCGCAGUUGACGUGAGACUGCUUGCCAACUAUAUCUGGACAGCUAAGCCUCCCGUUCCUUUCUUGCCAUGUUUGCCUGUAAACGGUGAUCUGGACCCUAUUUAUUGGAAUUUCUUUAUUUUUAUCGUGAUGGGAGUGUUGGCAUCUUUGCCGCACUCCCGCGAUCAAUAUACGCAAAUGCCAUCACUGACGCAUUCGCAACUGCGAUGCAAGUAAACCUUGAG